CAUGGUAUCCUGCACUGUCUCGCAAUGACUGUUUCUCCCAUCCGUGCUUGAACGGCGCGUCCUGCUUCGAAACAGAUGACUGGUAUCGUUGUCAGUGUACGGAGGGAUUUACCGGAUCAACUUGUGGCGAAGAUAUUCAAGCUCCGACUGUGACAUGCCCAAGUAACAUGACGGUGACCACAGAUCCAUCUCUGGCAACAGCCAUCGCAGUCUACGGCCGUCCAUCUGUCAGUGACAACUCCGGCGGUCCAGUCUCCGUCGCAUACUCGCAGCUUCCCGGGAGUGUCUUUAACUAUCAUCCUGAUGUGGAACAUUAUGUGGUGACUGGAAAUGCCACGGAUCGUACUGGAAACCUCGGUCGUUGCAACUUCUUUGUUAAAGUUGUUGAUCUAGAGAGACCAGUCAUAACCUGUCGUUCCGACAUGAUCGUGGGCAGCAAUAAUGAAUCUACCGUUGUAGACUACUUGGCUGGAAUUGAUGAAUUCGUCAUGACUGACAACUCCGGGUUCGCACUGGAAGGACCGAACUGCUCAUGGCCUGGUUCCGCUCAGAAUCCGGUGUUCUACAAAGGUGUGACCAUUGUCAACUGCACUGUGACGGACCAGAGUGGUAACGUCGGCAGCUGUACAUUCACAGUGAAUGUUAUUGGUCUGCCAGUGAUGAAGUGCUCCAACCUACUGGUACCCACCGAUCAAGGAGUUGCUGAUGCUACUGUGGACAUCUCGGGUGAAUGGGGCAAGUCUAUCAUAGCAAAUGAUGCCUUGAACCAAUCGCUGGCAGUUCAAAGUUGCAGCGAAGUGGAUGUCGUAGUUCUUUCUUGGAAUCCCAAUGUAACAGAUCCUGGAAGAAUGGUCACUUGUACAAGUGAACCAGACCGAGCACAAGAACAGGCAGAAUGCAGUUUUUACAUUAAAGUUGUUGAUCUAGAGAAACCAGUGGUAUCGUGUCGGUCUGAUAUGGUGGAAAGCACCCCCGACGAAUCUACCGUCGUGGACUACCUAGCUGGAAUCGACGAGUUCGUUAUGACUGACAACUCCGGGUUGACUCCGGCAGGACCCGACUGCUCCUGGCCUACCGGAUCCGCUCAGAUUAGUCAGAAUCCCUUGUUCCACAAAGGUGUGACCAUUGUCAGUUGCAAUGUGACGGACCAGAGUGGUAACAUCGGCAGCUGCACAUUCACAGUGAAUGUUAUAGGUGUUCCAACCAUACUGUGCCCCGAGUCGUCUGUUUCGUCACCCAUAAGGAAACCCACUGAUCCUGGCAGCUAUUUGACUUCACUCCCGUCAGACUUCAUAAAUGCGUACAAUAUUUCUGCCAAGGACUCAAAUUCAGCCCCGCUAGCAAUGGAAUACUGCAAGGAUGGAAUACACCACCUAAAUGGCCACCAGUUGUCUUACCGAGUACAACAGGACUACACCUUCAUAUGCAAAAGCGAACCUGACCAUACCGGGCAAUUUGCCAAUUGUACCAUAUUCUUCAAAGUUGUAGAUGAGGAACCACCUAUGGUUGUGUGUCCCGAUGGUACGAGUUCGAUUGAAUAUGUACCCAUACCUAGCGCUUCUGUUCCUACCAUCGAUGCACAGAUUCAGGUUACAGACAAUGCGCAGUUACAGGCACCGACUGCAGGCUGCACCAUCACGAGUUCGGGGAUAACAUGCACUGCGACUGACGACUCGGGCAACGUGGGUAGAUGCUCGUUCUAUCGAGGAAACUUAAUUCCCAAUGGCGAUUGCUGAGCGACAUCUGCAAGACUGGUCAAAAUAAAAGAAUACCUUAUGGAAUUACAAAUCGCACGAAAAGGUAUUAAGACAUUCUUUAACUUUAUUAACAAAAUUUGCUCGUUACAAAAUGGCGAGUGAAAAAUUUGAUAAGUAAAUUGCACGUUUAUGUGCACAAAAUAUAAAAGUAUAAAUCAAAGUGAAAUGAAAGACUCGGAUUUAGAUUUUAAGGUUUAGAAACAUUUUACUUUUAAUGCAAUGAAUGACUGAGGGUGUAGGGUAGAGGGGUUGGUACAGCGAAGUAAUGAAUGCGUGUAGAGGGCUGGGGUAGGGUGUUAGUAUAUGGGGUGUAGAAGUGUGGUGUAGGCAGUAUAGGGUUAGUGUUGGAUAGAGGGGUGGGUACAGAGAAGAUGUUAAGGUUGGGUGUAGAGGGCUAGGGUUGGGUGAUAGUAUGGGGUGUAGAAGUGGGGUGUAGGGUGCAGGGGUUGGUAAUGGGUAGAGGGGUGGGUAGAGUGAAGAUGAUAAGGUUGGCUGUAGAGGGCUGGGGUUGGGUGUUAGUAUGGGUGUUCACUGUUGGGUGCAGGGAUUGGUAGUGGGUAGAGGGGUGGGUACAGUGAAGAUGAUAAGGUUGGCUGUAGAGGGCUGGGGUUAGGUGUUAGUAUGGGUGUUCACUGUUGGGUACAGGGAUUGGUAAUGGGUAGAGGGGUGGGUACAGUGAAGAUGAUAAGGUCGGCUGUAGAGGGCUGGGGUUGGGUGUUAGUAUGAGUGUUGGGUGCAGGGUUUGGUGACGGGUAGAGGGGUAGGUACAGUUAAAUUUUCAAUAAAUUUUUCUGUACUCGUACUCGACUCAUGGAAAAGUACUUGUCCUCGUACUCAUGGAAAUGAACUCGUACUUAUACUCACAAUAAAACAUUUCCCUAUACUCGUACUCGUGGUAAAGUACUCAUACUCAUAUUCGAGGCAAAGUACUCAUACUCGUACUCAUGAGAAGCACUCGACUACAACACUGGGUAGAGGUAUGUUAUACACUUCUGCAUGAAGGUCUAUGAGUGCCCUCAUUAUACUACAUCAUCACUCCAGCCCUACACCCCACGCAAAAGUUGAAGUUUUUUAACCUGAGGUAUAAUUCGAAAAUGGACAGAAAUGCGUAUAAGUGAUUGCUCCUUUGGUGGGAAUUUGUUUCGACUGAAAUGGACCACCCUCAGUAAAGAUUACAAUACAAAAAAAUAGAACACUGCCUUGCUUUUUCCACCUGGCUUACUAAAAAUCAAGUCAACCCAUUCACACACAAUUAGAAUUGCAUUGGCCUAAAUCCAUGCAAAACCCAGAUUCAGUAUAUCCAGGUGAGAGUGGCCCAAGUGAAAUUUCCACCCUUUCACUUAAUUGAUUGUUUUUUUUCUGGAUCUAGGGACCCAAAUGGAAUGGGGUAAAAAGGAGUUAGGCUUUAAUAUAAUGUGUCAUUUUUAUAAAGAAAACAAAAAACAGGUUUGUUUUCUGAAUGUUGCACAUAUAUUGUAUAGUUAUGAAUACAAAAUUUAUUUCUAAGUUAUAAGAAUGCAGCUUGGAAAAAAAAAUUAAAAACAGUAAAUGGCAUAAAGUUAAAAGAUUUAAAUGUAUUAUAAUGGCACCAUGUAAAAUCCUAGACAAAAAAAUAAGUACUGUUACUAAGAAAAACAGCUUAAAUGUCCCACUUUUCAUCUGUAGAUUUUUAUGUGUAAUGUUAUUAGGCAAAAUAAAAAAAAACAUGUUUAGCGUCCUCA